UAUUAAAAUGCUGCCCCAUCUAAUUCUCCUCCUCCAAACGGUACAACUUCUGAGUACAGACCCUACUCAACAAAUCAGCGGCCUGCACGCGGUUGAGACGCGCGCGAGGCCUCCGCUUCUUUUCCCUACAAAUUCUUCAACAACUGUCUCUAUAUCUUGGCCACCAGCUUCGCUUAUCUUAUUCCAGCGUAUCCAUCUCUUCACUAACCAUGCCUGCUCACAAACCUCACCUCCGGUUCUUUCUCCUUCUCCUUCCGAUUCUCUUCCUUGUCUCCGCCGUCAAUUCCCGGCUUAUCUCCUCGUCUCACCCCUCUGAUCUGAUUUCUGAUGGGGUCCACUCCCUCCGGACCCCGCCUUACCUCCUUCUCGAUCCGUUAUCUUCAGAGGAAUCCUGUGAGCAGACCUAUGGCUUUAUGCCAUGUACCUCCACUGCGCUUGGUAACUUGUUUUUGAUAAUUGUCUAUGGUUACCUAAUGUUCUUAGCCGCUACCUACUUGUCUAAUGGUAGCGAGCUCUUGCUUGAGAUUCUGGGCCCUGGAAUCGUUGGUGGCUUGUUUCUUCCUAUGCUCGGGGCGCUUCCAGAUGCAAUGCUUAUUCUUGUGUCUGGACUUUCUGGGAGUACAGCAACAGCUCAAAGCCAGGUCUCUGUCGGCAUGGGCUUGCUGGCUGGGUCAACUGUCAUGCUACUUACCUUCAUUUGGGGAUCCUGCAUUGUUGUUGGCAAAUGUGACCUUCGGGAUACAGAUCAUGUUGCGAUAAAUGGAAAGAACACAAGGGGAUUCAGCUUAACUGGCAGCGGUGUUAGCACUGAUAUUUGGACUUGUUAUGCUGCAAGGAUAAUGGUUAUAUCUGUUCUCCCAUUUAUUAUUGUUCAACUUCCACAAAUCCUCAAUUCGACUUCAGGGCGGCACUUGGCAGUCUUGAUUGCACUUAUUAUAUCUCUCUCAAUGUUGAUUUCUUAUUGCCUUUAUCAGGUCUUUCAGCCUUGGAUACAGAGGAGACGACUUGAGUUUGCAAAGCACAAACAUGUGAUCUCAGGAAUUCUGAAACAUUUAAGAGAACGUUCUUUAGGAAGGUUUCUGACUGAGGAUGGUCGACCUAACAGAGACGUAAUGGAAAAGUUGUUUCAUGCUAUUGAUGAGGAUAACAAUAAAAAACUCUCGGCGUCUGAAUUGAAAGCUCUGAUACUAGGAAUUCGGUUUGAAGAGAUUGACUUUGACAGGGAUGAUGCAGUGGAUAAAGUAAUGAAAGAUUUUGAUACAUCUCUUGAUAAUUCUAUUGAUCUUGAUGAGUUCAUCAGCGGUAUCUCAAAAUGGAUUGAAGAGGCAAAGCGAUCAGGGGCAGUCGUUGCUGACUCUGGCUCUAGGACAAUUAAACUCAUAGAUCAUUUUCAUGUGCAAACAAGGAGAGAACAUGCUCUUUUGGGGCCCGAGGAUCCAGUGGAGGAGCAAAGUGAUGAGGUCGUAGAGGGUGUUGAAAACCCCAGAUGGAUCUCCAUCAAAGCAGUAUUAAUGUUGUUAUUAGGAACAAUUAUUGCCGCUGCGUUUGCAGAUCCUCUGGUGGAUGCUGUGGACAAUUUUUCUAAUGCAACAAGUAUUCCUACUUUCUUCAUCUCUUUUAUUGCACUGCCCUUGGCUACCAACGCUAGUGAGGCUGUGUCAGCAAUCAUCUUUGCUACCCGGAAGACUGUUAGAACUGCUUCAUUAACAUUUUCUGAGCUAUAUGGAGCAGUAACCAUGAAUAAUCUCCUUUGUCUAUCGGUAUUCUUGGCUAUUGUUUAUGUGAGGGGGUUGACAUGGGACUUCUCAUCUGAAGUUCUGGUUAUUUUUAUUGUGUGCAUUGUGAUGGGUGCUUUUGCCAGCUUCCGCUCUACAUUCCCUCUCUGGACUUCUUCAGUGGCUUACCUCCUCUAUCCCUUCUCACUGGCACUGGUCUAUGUUCUUGAUUAUGUUUUCGGUUGGUCGUAGAUUCGUGAAAGUUUAUGCUUUUGUGUGUGGGUAUUCCUGAUGUUGCACUUUAAGAGGUAUCUCCUUGAUAUUUUGUAUGUAUCGUUCGAUUCUCAAUCCUACAGUGACAUUAUGAGAUAGUUUAAUGAUGAAUCUUGCGAAACAAAUUUUUCGCUA